AUGUCGCUCGGCUUCUUGGCCUGGAUGACGUGGCCACCACGCGUUUUCCAAGAUGUGGUUGAUUCGACUCGUGCGAAACGCGAGUUAGCUUCUCUGGUCCGCGCCUUUGGUUGCGAGCGACUCCCAGCUCGGGUCUUCGGGACGUCGACGGCGCUUCAUCGCGCGGUGAAGGAACUGCGUGAGUUCCAGGGGCAACUCAACGAGUCGGCCCUGAAGAACGUCAAGAGGGUUGCCGAGCUGAUGAUCGAGCACGACAAUGUGCGUUCCGGAUUCUCAAUCUUGAGCAACUUCUGGGAUGACCAGUUUCAGUUGGCUCGAAAGCAACUGGACCACAAGGCCUCGGAGCAUGACCGGGAUUUCAAGCGCGCAGCUCAGGAUCACGAGCGCGAAGCUCGAGCUCUGCAGGCCCAAGUGGAUAGUCUUUCGGAAGAAAAUGACGACCUCCGCGACUGUAUCCGGGGUCUCGAGAACAGGCUCACGGCGGGGUCCCUGAAUGUGGACGAUGAACUUCUUGAACCGUCAUGGCACUCGGGUCGACGGCAACUGGCCUCGCCUGAAGGCGCUGUUGGAACACGCCAAGGACUCCAAGAUACCUCCGAGUGGCUGGAAAACUCAGAUCCUGACGAGGGCAGUCCAGACGACGGCGACUCCAAGGAGGAUGACAGGUCUGGAAACCGUGACGGCGGCAAGAACAAGCCUCUGGAUCUCUCGCACGAUUCGUCAAAUCCGCCGCAGACGCCCAAGAAGCCCGAAGCGUCGGGCAAGUCUCGAUCUCGGGGUACGGUUCAGCUUCGCCCCUCGGCGUACACGCCGAAUGAUCAUGACGCUCUGGAUGCCACCAAGCAGCCACUCCGGACCGUCACUCAGGUCAUGCUCUCCGGACUUGACUAUCAGGACGCUCUGGACCUGGUCAGCGGGGACAACGAGGUGCACACCAGGAUCACAUCGCGGGCUUUAACUGAAAUGUUGGUCCGGAUGAUGUACUGGGGCAAGCUCGACCAGACUCCGUGGACCAAGUACGUACCGACGUGGUACUUCAAAAGCGCGGAGGCGCUCAUCGAGUCGACGGACGAAAUUCCGGAGCGCUGGCCCAACUUAAAGAAGAUUCGUCUGGAAGAUGAAGCUGAGAUCCAGAUGGCGCUCUACGAGGACAUCUCGAGCGAGGACGAUGAUGAGCGGGACGCGGACUUUCAAGAUAGCAGUCCAAGUGGCAAGUCCCACAACAGCUCCGGUCGCCGGACGACUCCGCCUCGGGGCGCCAAGCACAAGCGCGACUCAGAAUCCGGAGCGUCGGGAAAGUCUUCGGGCGGCAGUGAUUCUGGGGAGCCUGAACACAAGAGAUCCCGUCCUUCUCAGGAACGCAAGCAGUCUGCUCUCGCCCGGAAGAAGUACGCGAAGCUGACUCCGGGGCAGCUCAAGGUAGUCGAAGUUCCGGGUCGUGGUGUCGUCUCUCGGCGUCACUAUGGGCUGCUGAUGAAGUUCCCGCCUGGAACGGCCAACGCGGUCGAGCAGACUACCGGAUUCCCAGACUACACUCCGAUUCUCGCUCGCGUGGAGGAGGCGGAUCAGGUCCGGAAACGCUGGCUUCAGGCUGAUUUCGCGGAGCUCUUGAAGUCGGCACCCUGGAACAAUAUGUUCGAGGACCGAGUCCGGCAGUUGCUGCUUCACCGGCCCGCAGAUCUGGAUGCCAAGAUCCAGGAUGGUCUCUCAAGGCUGGUCAAGUUCAUGAGCGAGAACCGCAAAGCCUUCUGGUACACCGGCCACUGGUUCUUCGUGAAUCACGGUCUGGAUGCAGCUUCGGAUCAGCUCCGCCAGGACUGCGACUACGCCAAUAAGCACUACAAGCGCCUCAUUGAUGAGCUGGUCAAGGAUGGAUUUCCGGAGUCGCUGUUGGAGGAGCCCGGGGUCUGGACGUACCCGUCCAAGGUCUGCUUCUGGGUGAUCAUGGAUCCCUCUCACGCGGACGACUCGGGCAACCGGAUCACGCUGCAGUCCCAGCUGGAACUCGUGGACCGUGCUGAGCCGGCUCGCGCGCAGUGGAACUACUGCGACUCGGAUGAAGCCUGCACCCAGCAUCUCUCGCAGGUUCUGAAAGACCGGCUUCUGGACGAGACUGAGCGCGGGCAGUACAACGUCUCGGACGACUUCCCAUGA